CCGGGGUAGAGGGCGGCUGCGCUGGACAACAAGGGAGGGGGCGAGGGCCGGCCGGCCGGACGGACGGCGGGAGGGACCGCCGGGACGCGCGGGCAUCGAGAAGGACCGCGGGGCGGCCGGCCGGCGGGCCGGCGCCCGCGGGGGCGGCGGGGCAGGGGCCCGGGGGAGGCGCGGACCCCGGGAGGCAGCAGCAUGUCGUGGUUUAGUGGCCUCCUGGUCCCCAAAGUGGAUGAACGGAAAACAGCCUGGGGUGAACGCAACGGGCAAAAGCGUCCGCGCCGUGGGACACGGACCAGUGGCUUCUGCACCCCCCACUAUAUGAGCUGCCUCCAGGAUGCAGAGCCUCCCAGCCCCACCCCUGCAGCUCCCCUUCGGUGCCCCUGGCAGGAUGAAGGCUUCAUCCGCAGGGGUGGCCCAGGCAAGAGCACAGAGCAGGGGCUGCGGGCAGUGGCCCUGGGCUUUGAGGACACAGAAGCGACAGUGGUGGUAGGGGUGGCUGAGCUGGCUCCCAAUGUGGUGCCCAGGGGCAGGCGAUCCUGCUGGCGCCGUCUGGCGCAGGUGUUCCAGUCAAAGCAGUUCCGCUCUGCCAAGCUGGAGCGCCUGUACCAGCGGUACUUCUUCCAGAUGAACCAGAGCAGCCUGACACUGCUGAUGGCAGUGCUGGUGCUGCUCACAGCUGUGCUGCUGGCCUUCCAUGCCGCGCCUGCCCGCCCUCAGCCUGCCUAUGUGGCCCUGCUGGCCUGUGCUGCCACCCUCUUUGUAGCGCUCAUGGUGGUGUGUAACCGACAUAGCUUUCGCCAGGACUCCAUGUGGGUGGUGAGCUAUGUGGUGCUGGGCAUCCUGGCGGCUGUGCAGGUUGGGGGGGCCCUGGCAGCCACCCCUCAUAGCCCCUCUGUAGGCCUCUGGUGCCCUGUGUUCUUUGUCUACAUCACCUACACGCUCCUCCCCAUCCGCAUGAGGGCAGCCGUCUUCAGUGGCCUGGGUCUCUCCACCCUGCAUUUGAUCUUGGCCUGGCAACUUAACCGUGGAGAUGCCUUCCUCUGGAAGCAGCUCGGUGCCAACAUGCUGCUGUUCCUCUGCACCAACGUCAUUGGCAUCUGCACACACUACCCGGCUGAGGUGUCUCAGCGCCAGGCCUUUCAGGAGACCCGCGGCUACAUCCAGGCCCGGUUGCACUUGCAGCAUGAGAAUCGGCAGCAGGAGCGGCUGCUGCUGUCCGUGUUGCCCCAGCACGUUGCCAUGGAGAUGAAAGAAGACAUCAACACAAAAAAAGAAGACAUGAUGUUCCACAAGAUCUAUAUCCAGAAGCAUGACAACGUCAGCAUCCUGUUUGCGGACAUCGAAGGCUUCACCAGCCUGGCCUCCCAGUGCACUGCACAGGAGCUGGUCAUGACCCUGAACGAGCUCUUCGCACGCUUCGACAAGCUGGCCGCGGAAAAUCACUGCCUAAGGAUCAAGAUUUUAGGGGACUGCUACUACUGUGUGUCAGGGCUGCCAGAGGCCCGGGCAGACCAUGCCCACUGCUGUGUAGAGAUGGGGAUGGACAUGAUCGAGGCCAUCUCGCUGGUGCGUGAAGUGACAGGUGUGAACGUGAACAUGCGCGUGGGCAUCCACAGUGGGCGUGUGCACUGCGGUGUCCUUGGCCUGCGGAAAUGGCAAUUUGAUGUGUGGUCCAAUGACGUGACCCUGGCCAACCACAUGGAGGCAGGGGGCCGGGCCGGCCGCAUCCACAUCACUCGGGCCACACUGGAGUACCUGAACGGGGACUACGAGGUGGAGCUGGGCCGAGGUGGGGAACGCAACGCGUACCUCAAGGAGCAGCACAUUGAGACCUUCCUCAUCCUGGGUGCCAGCCAGAAGCGGAAAGAGGAGAAGGCCAUGUUGGCCAAGCUGCAGCGGACACGAGCCAACUCCAUGGAGGGGCUGAUGCCACGCUGGGUGCCUGACCGUACCUUUUCCCGAACCAAGGACUCCAAGGCUUUCCGCCAGAUGGGCAUUGAUGAUUCCAGCAAAGACAACCGGGGUGCUCAAGAUGCCUUGAACCCCGAGGAUGAGGUGGACGAGUUCCUGGGCCGUGCCAUUGACGCACGCAGCAUCGACCAGCUCCGCAAGGACCAUGUGCGCCGGUUCUUGCUCACCUUCCAGAGAGAGGACCUUGAGAAGAAGUACUCGCGGAAGGUGGACCCCCGCUUUGGAGCCUAUGUCGCCUGUGCCCUGUUGGUCUUCUGCUUCAUCUGCUUCAUCCAGCUCCUCGUCUUCCCACACUCAACCCUGAUGCUCGGGAUCUAUGCCAGUACCUUCCUGCUGUUGCUGAUCACUGUGCUGAUCUGUGCUGUAUACUCCUGUGGUUCACUGUUCCCUAAGGCCCUGCAACGUCUAUCCCGCAACAUCGUCCGCUCACGGGCACACAGCACUGCGGUUGGCAUCUUUUCGGUCCUGCUUGUCUUCACCUCUGCUAUCUCCAACAUGUUCACCUGUAACCACACCCCCAUCCGGACCUGUGCAGCCCGGAUGCUGAAUUUAACACCCGCCGACAUCACUGCCUGCCACCUGCAGCAGCUCAAUUACUCUCUGGGCCUGGAUGCUCCCCUGUGUGAGGGCACCGCACCCACCUGCAGCUUCCCCGAGUACUUCGUUGGGAACAUGCUGCUGAGUCUCUUGGCCAGCUCUGUCUUCCUACACAUCAGCAGCAUUGGGAAGUUGGCCAUGAUCCUUGUCCUGGGGCUCAUCUAUUUGGUGCUGCUUCUGUUGGGUCCCCCAGCCACCAUCUUUGACAACUAUGACCUACUGCUUGGCGUUCAUGGCUUGGCUUCUUCCAACGAGACCUUUGAUGGGCUAGAUUGCCCGGCUCCAGGAAGGGUGGCACUCAAGUAUAUGACCCCUGUGAUUCUGCUGGUGUUUGCCCUGGCACUCUAUCUGCAUGCCCAGCAGGUGGAGUCGACUGCCCGCCUGGACUUCCUCUGGAAACUGCAGGCAACAGGGGAGAAGGAGGAGAUGGAAGAGCUCCAGGCCUACAACCGGCGACUGCUGCACAACAUCUUGCCCAAGGACGUGGCCGCCCACUUUCUGGCCCGUGAGCGCCGGAAUGAUGAACUCUACUAUCAGUCGUGUGAGUGUGUGGCUGUCAUGUUUGCCUCUAUUGCCAACUUCUCUGAGUUCUAUGUGGAGCUGGAGGCAAACAACGAGGGCGUCGAGUGCCUGCGGCUGCUCAACGAGAUCAUUGCAGACUUUGAUGAGAUCAUCAGUGAGGAGCGGUUCCGGCAGCUGGAGAAGAUCAAGACGAUUGGCAGCACCUACAUGGCUGCCUCCGGGCUGAAUGCCAGCACCUACGAUCAGGUGGGCCGCUCCCACAUCACUGCCCUCGCCGACUAUGCCAUGCGGCUCAUGGAGCAGAUGAAGCACAUCAACGAGCACUCCUUCAACAAUUUCCAGAUGAAGAUUGGAUUGAACAUGGGCCCAGUUGUGGCAGGCGUCAUUGGGGCUCGGAAGCCACAGUAUGACAUCUGGGGGAACACAGUGAAUGUCUCUAGCCGUAUGGACAGCACAGGGGUCCCUGAUCGAAUCCAGGUGACUGCGGACCUGUACCAGGUUUUAGCCUCCAAGGGCUACCAGCUGGAGUGUCGAGGGGUGGUCAAGGUGAAGGGCAAGGGGGAGAUGACCACCUACUUCCUCAAUGGGGGCCCGAGCAGUUAGCAGGGCCCAGCUGCAAAUUCAGCAGAAGGGACCAAGGUGGGCAUUGAGCAGGCUUUGUGCUUGCUGGUGCAGCUGUGGCGGGGGCCCUGGACCUUCCGACCCUGCCAACCACGGAAGGGAAAACCCCAGCCAGCUGUGCUCAUACCACGCUCAUCUGCCCUCAGCCUGGUGAACGAGGGGAUACCAAGAGGAUUAUGCAAGUGACUUUCUUUUUUAAUUGGGGCAGGGCUGUCCCCUCUCGUUUCUUCCAGUUUUUGGGUCCAGAGGAGCAGGUGGAAGUAGAGGCAGGAGGAGCCCUCCUCUCGGAGAGAUUGAUUAAAAUGGCAGUUUGCCAUGCCUGCCCCUCCCUGUCUAUCUGGGCAAGAGGCUCAGGGCUGGGCCCUUCCUUUCCCUCUUUUUUCUGGGAAUAUUUUGUACAAAGUCUAGGGCAGGCAUGCAGAGUGCCUAUUCCAUGCUUGCCUUUGCUAAGCCUGCGACCCCAGCACCGGUCCUGGGCACCCCGCCCCAGCCAGGUCUCCUUCCUAGUUCCUAGGCACGGGCAGAGGAGGGAGAUGUUCUCGGGGACCCAGCUCUGCCCAUAUUUCAGAGGAAUGUUUCCAUUUGCCAAAUCCUCAUCCCAUGAUCUGUCCCCAAAGGGGAACAAAGGGACUUCGGACAGCUCUGAUUUAGCCCCAGUUCCUACACAGCUCCAGGGAAUGGGGCGUCUGGUCUCAUUGGUACUGUGAAAAUACCUGGCUGGAGAGCCAGGGCAUGUGUGGGGUUGUCAGAAGAUCAGGAGCUGGAAGUUCACCUGCAGGUGCCAAAGAGAGCAGGCUGGCUGGGGAGAGGGGUGGUGCCAGCUCUGGUGGGCCUGGCACAGUCAGGAUCAGGGCACUCUGCCCCAGCAACUUGCUGUCUGCUGGCACGGGGGCACACAGCAUCUCUGUCCCUUCCAUUGCCAAAUAGAAAAGGGUCAGGGCAUGGAGCAAGAUGACCCUGAUCCCAAACCUGUCCUCCCCAGUCUGGCUCUGGGGAGGGCCUGUGUGUUUGUGUAUCUGUGCGUGCAUGUUGGUCUUUGUGUGCGUAUCUGUUUUCCAGGUCUGUAUGUGUCCUUGUGCUCCUGCUCCUCAGCCAUCCACCUGGUUGCCUCUCUCUUGUGGGCCUCUGUCUUUCGGGAAUAAGACAGGGCUUCCUAUUUCCAGGGAUGGAGAGACAUGCCCAGGUUGCACAGGAGUGGGACGGGGUGUGGUAGCAAAAGGAGGGUGGUUCUGGGGAGAGGAGUCCUUUUUGUGCCAAAUCCCUAAGUGCCGUUUGGGGGCCACAUGUGCAGCAUGACUGUCUCCCCGUCUGGGGCAGGAACCCAAGCGCCUGCUUCAGCCCCAGCACUCCAUGCACUUGAACUGCCUGGGGUUUGGUGGGCAGGGGCUCCAGAAUUUCCUGGGUUCCCCAGCUUGUGUCUGGGGAUAUGGUAGGAUUUGGGACUGAGGUAGCAUGGGAUACCUCUGAGGACCCAGAUAUUGGUACUAGAGGAUGGGCAGAGGAAUCUUGAACUUUGCCUUCCUCAGCCUUCAGCCUGAGUCUAGUAUGUCCCCGGCCCCCCAAGUGAAGCCUGCAAGGGCUGGUGGAAGGGCUAGGAGGGUGGAUUCUAGAUUCCCUUCCUAUCCUUGCCUUCCUUUUACCCCUUUCCCCAAAACCUCCUUGGCUCUGGCCUGAAUUAAGUUGGUGCCUUGGUUUCUCUGUCUGAACCUAUUUAAGCCAGAGGCAUUAGCCUAAUUUUUGCUUGGAGAUUGCUUUGUUUUGGAGGUGACUAGAGAGGCAGAGGAGAGAGGGUCCCCAGAGUUGCUGGGUUUGGGGAAUGGAAGGGUCUGGUGAUUCUCUUGCCCUUCCUCAUGCCCCUUCUGACUCCAGCUCCCUGCAGAGGCCUGGUUUCUGGUUCGGUAAUGCCUGCCUUGGGGAGUCUUCCUGCAUCAAUCAGUGGGGCACCAGGCACUUCAUUAGUCAAGGCAGGAGGAGGGGAAAAAACGAGUUGGUCCAGACAGAAAAUCAACUCUCCUUCCCCUAGCCAUAUCCCUGGAUAGGAAGGGACUGCUUGGCGUCAUGAUGGGAGUAAGUAGACUAGAGUGGGAAGACCUCAGCCUUGGGUGACUUGUCUUUGCUUCUUGCCAGGUGGGAGGGGCCUGUCCACACCCUGGCUCCCCGCACCACAGUGCCAGCCAUGCCCUUCUCCUGGGCUACCAUUGCCCUCUUCCUCACCAGUAGGUGGGAGUUAGGGGAUGGGAGGCCCAUGGGCUUUGGUUUUAUAAUGUAACCACUGUGGGAGGGGGGAGGGUGGUGUACCAUGUAUUUCAGUGAAAUAUUUAAUAUAUUUAAAUAUCAAUAAAAUCAAACUCUUUGUAAAAUUC